AUGGGUCACCGCCUCGGUAUCUCCGAGAAGAAGCUUCAUCUGCAACACUGCACGAGGCCAAAGGGUAAGUGUCCCCCAAGUAAGGGAGCAUCACUCUGCAGGAUUGUUAUUUGCUUGCUUGUUUGUGCUUGUUCUUUUUAAAAACCAAAUGCCGUUCUGUUGAAUUAACUCUGUUGCCUUUGCUUUCUGCUUUUCUUGCCUGACUGUUUUUGUCUGCUUAAUUGCGUUAGUCCUUACUGUAAGCUAAAUGCCGUUCUGUUGAAUUUGUCUGCCCACCAAGAUGCAAGAAAGCUCUGCAUCCCGUCUCCACCCUUCCUCGUUCCCCCUCAAGUUCUACGGUGUUGUCGUAGGCAAGCCCAGGCCAACUCGGGUCGUUCCCCCACCAAACAUAGUCGUGGCCCAUAAUGGAGUUCGGCAAUCGCCUGACAAAUCCGAGCAGCACUAUUUAUGGAUAGCACUGGUCACCCCCGCGAGGGGGAGAGGGUUAGAAAAGGUGCCCUAAACAAAUGCUAGGGAACCGCGACGUCUGCAGGCUGACCAUGACUGCAGGCGUAAAGCUCACUGUCGAAGCAACCAAACAAGAAACAACACACUCUCUCUUCUCCCUCCACCUCCUCCUCCUACCCGCCAGAUUGCGGGGUGAGUCCGCUCACCCGACGGGAACGGCGAACAGAGCUAGUGACUCGUGAACUGGCGCUCCACAAUCAGCUGCAAUCAGCGAGACCCAGUUAUCCGAAAAAGGCGAACUGGAGGACGUGGAUGCUGGCUACACCUUCUUGUGGAGCAUUCGCCCCAGGGCAGAACGAGACGCGGAUGUCUCCUUCGCCAUCCGGAACGACAUCGUGGGACGACUGUCCUGUCUGCCGCAGGGAAUCAAAGAUCGCUUGAUAAGCCCCCGCCUGCAUCUUCGGGGAGGCAAAUUUGCUGCCAUCAUCAGCGAUUUCACUCCAACGAGGACCAGCUCCGACGCCGCAGGAGAAAAAUUCUACGAGUACCUGCAUGCCCUCCUGGCGACUGUGUCGAAGGCUAAUAAGUUGAUUGCCCUGGGUGACUUCAACGCCCGCGUCGGCAAAGACCAUGCUGCCUUGGGAGGUGCGCUGGUUCCCCAUGGUCUGAACGGCUCCAAUGACAAUGACCUGCUUCUUCUACCAACCUGUGCAGAACACCGACUCUUCCUGACCAACACCUUCUUCCGCGUCCCGAUGCCAGUGAAGGCCACCUGGACGUACUUUUGGUCUAAAAAUUGGCAUAUGCUGGACUAUGUCCUCCUCGGGAGGCGAGACCAGCUGGACAUGCUGAUGACAAAGGCGAUUUUGGGUGCUGACGGAUGGGCCGACAUUCGUCUCGUCAUACCCCAGGUGCGGAUUCAUCUACAGUCUUACAGGAGGCCUCAAAGUAGGCGACUCCCCAGGUAAGCUGAAUACUGCUUUGUAGUCUGCCUACUAACCAUCUCCAAUUCAGCGAUGAGAUAGCUCAGCGGCUAGACAACAUUCCAGCGGCUGUCAAACCUACCAGUGGCUGCCGCCGUCAUCGAGAAAAACGCCUUUGUUGAGAACCGAUGGUGUCAACUGCGGGAUACAGUCCAGGCGACAGCCCUGGCUGUCCUCGUUCACGCACGUCAUCAACAUCAGGCCUGGUUCGAUGACGACACCGCCAUCAGCAACCUACUCGCCGUGAAGAACCGCCUGAACAAGGCCUACGUCGACCGCUCACUGACGACAACAAAGUACCCUUCUGCCGCAGCCGCCGUCCUGUGCGACAGCGGCUGCGCAAGAUGCAGGACGUCUGUACAGCUCGCGAGGCCGAGGAGAUCCGAGGGUACAUGGACCGUAACGAAUGGAAGAACUCUGCAAUCAAGGCCGUCUAGGGUCGCCAACCAAAGGUGCCGCACCUCUUCUCAACGCCGACGGCAGUACCCUGCUCGCCGCGAAGACAAAUCGUACAGCGAUGGACCGAGCAUUUCAGAGGCGUCCUCAACUGCCCUUUCACUAUCUCCGACGCCGUCAUUGCCCAUCUGCCUCAAGUGGACACCAAUGCUGACCUCGACCUACCGCCCUCCCUCCAUGAACCCAUCAAGGCCGUGCAUCAGCUCUCCAGCGGGAAAGCGCCUGGCCCGGACGAGAUCCCCGCCGAGAUCUACAAGCACGAUGCUCCCAACUCAUGCAUCUUCUGA